CUCAGGCCUUCCCUUCCGUAUCAUCCAGCAGCAAGGUCGAUAGCCGCGACUCGCGACAGAGUAAGGCCGUGAUGGAGAUGACGCAGCCACACCUGACCAUGCGAUCCGGGUAGACGGUCUGCCGACCCGUUCGCUGCUGUGCGAUGCCCUCAUCUAUUCUUCUCUUUCAAAUCAUCAGCCCAGAACGAGGUACGACGGGUUCGCGGCUGCAUCGAGCCUUACCCGGCCCCGCGGUGGAUAGUUCGGCAAGCGCAGCAUGCUUCCUCGCAAAAGCAGACGGCAGACGGCCGUCGUCGACGACAUUGGAUUGGCAAGGCGAUCACUUUGGCCGCCUUGUUCUUCCGUACCGUACCGUAUGUGUGUAGACAGUGUCCUGUCGGAGGACGUCCUCAACGGCGGACGGCGUUGUGAGUGGGUGGGUUCAUCAAUCCCACGUCCCAGCGAAACGGUGACGAACCCUCGACGUGCCUGUGGGCGGUAUCCCUGCAAGGCAUGGGUGAUUGACAUGGGCCAGUCAGUAAAGUCGGGAACCAGCCAUCCAUGGAUGCCAAGAUUAUUGCCCUGGACCUGGUCGACACACUAUCCGCUGCGCUCACUUCCAACCUUGCGGUAGCACCUGAAUUGACCUAGUGCUCCCCCAGGAUCGUCCUGUCGUCUUCCCUCUGAUCAGAGAGAGUCACCGCUGUUUCACGGCUUCCCUUCACCAAGAUGAUUUCUUGCCCAGGUUCCCACAUCCCGCAACAACAUGGGUCCCCACAGUCAGAUGGCUGAUCCGGUGACCACUGGCCAGGGCUCUCAGCCCUUCCCGCACCCCGGUGUGCUUCCUGGGGAUCCCAUCCUUUCUGGGUGGACUGCAUUUUCUCCUUGAAUUAGACCUGGCUUCUAUCGGCACCAAGGUGUAAACAUAAGUAAGCUGCCGACAUGGCCGUUCAUCACUCUCGUCCCCCCCUCGCCCUCUUCGGUCCCUCUCUGUACAAGUACCCUCUCGGUCCCCCCUCUUUCUCUCUUGGGCCGACUCACUAUUGCUCCUUCACUCGAUACAUUGUCCACUUGGCACCUGUCACCAAUGAUUGUUUCACGUCACGAGUCUACAUAACGUCUUUGUCCUUUGCCUAUAUAACUGUCAAGGGUCCCACGGCGUCAGCCACUUGUAUCACAAACAAACCUACCUCUGGGACAUGGCCAGCCAUCAUCAGUCACCAACAAAGCAGCACACAAUGAGGACGAGACGACGCAACAGCAUGGCCGGCAGCGAGAGAUCAGUCGGCUCCAAGAAGCCACUUCCACCAUAUCCAUCAAGACAGCUCACCAUUCUCGCUCUUUGCCGGAUAUGCGAACCCAUCGCCUUUAUGUCCAUCUUUCCAUACAUUUGGCAUAUGGUGAGAGACUUCAAGAUCACAGAGGAUGAGAGCCAGAUAUCCUUCUAUGCUGGCAUGGUGACCUCGGCCUUCACCUUCGCCGAGUUUUCCACCAGCUUCAUCUGGGGAAGAUUGAGUGACAAGAUUGGGCGCAAGCCUGUCUUGUUGAUGGGAAUGACUGGAACCGGUAUCAGCGUGAUCAUGUUUGGCUUUGCGCCGAAUCUUUGGGUUGCCCUCGGUGCUCGAGCACUCGGUGGCUUUUUGAACGGAAAUAUCGGAGUUUUGCAAACUACUGUCGCAGAAUUGGUCACGGUCAAAGCACAUCAACCCAAAGCAUAUACGGUGAUGCCGUUGGUAUGGUGCAUAGGAUCUAUCGUUGGGCCUAUGAUCGGAGGCUGGCUCGCAAAGCCCGUUGAGGGCUUCCCAGGUUGCUUCUCGCGUGACGGUAUUUUCGGCACAUUCCCCUACCUGCUUCCCAACCUCUUCAGCGCCAUCUGCGUCUUUAUCGGUGUGAUCGUCGGCCUCUUGUUUCUCGAAGAGACACACGCUGAAAGGAAGCACCGGCAUGAUCCCGGUAUCGAACUGGGCCGAUCUUUGAUGUCGCGGAUCUGGGGGUCCGAAAAGGUGGAAGAGAACAAGGGGAAGCUGCCGGCCAAAGCCGUCACAGAAGAGGAGCGACCUCUGUUGUCGGAAAACGACGAGCUGCUGCCCGGUUAUCGAACGGGCUCUGCACGAUCGUCGUCGUCUCCAGACACUGUUUCGGAGGAAACACUCGAUCUUGAGGAGGGAGGGGGCCUUGAGCUGGCAGAGGCCGAGAGGGCACCUGCAGGCAAGGUUUUCUCCCGAGCCGUGAUCAUGGUGAUCAUCUCUUACGGUAUUCUUGCCUUUCACACAAUGGCCUUUGACUCACUCCUGCCGGUUUUCCUCAGCACCAGCCCACCUGCGACCGAAAUCCCAGCAAAACUACCAUUCAAGUUUGCUGACGGUUUCGGCUGGGACACCCAAACGAUUGGCUUUAUCCUCUCGGUUCAAGGCGUGUACUCACUGGCAUCAACAAGGCUUCUCUUUCCGUUUGUUGCCAACAAGAUCGGAGCGCUUCGACUGUUCAAGAUCAUGUCUGUCUUAUACCCGCUCCUCUACCUUUUUACGCCAUACAUUGUCCUUCUCCCCGACAGCCUUCGCAAGCUUAGCGUGUACGGCAUCGUUGUCUGGAAGAUGACGUUUUCAACUCUGGCAUAUCCGAGCAAUGCCAUCCUCCUCGCCAACUCGGCCCCGACGACACUGACUUUGGGAAGCAUCAACGGCGCGGCCGCCAUGACAGCAAGCUUGUGCCGAGCACUCGGACCGAUAAUAUCAGGAUUCUUCUAUACGCAAGGUAUGGAAAGCGGUUACUCUGGUCUGUCGUGGUGGGUUGCCGGGCUGGUUGCCGUCAUGGGCGCUUGGGUUGGCCUCCAAAUCACCGAGCCCAAGGGACGGAUGGAUGAGAAGGAGGACAUGGACGAGACGACCAAGGAUGAACCAAGGACGACAACCACACCAAACAACGACGAUCGCACAAGGCCUUCGCCAUAGCGACUUUGACGAUUUUCUUCUCUUUUUUUUUUUUUCCUUUUUGUACACGAAUACUAUUUGUCGGGUGUCUCUGAAGUCUAGCGGGUGAUUUUGCAGGAGAUGCCUAGACGGCGUUUUGGGGCGGGUUUGUUAUCAGAAAGUGACACUGAAUUUCGGGGAUAGACCAUGAUGAAUUUUUUUUUAACUUUUCAGACAAACCACUCUGUGCUGUGGGGGUACAUUGCGAAGGGAGGGCGUAGGAUUUUCUUUCUGCGGUGUCUUUUACUCAACGGGUCUACUAUCGGGGAUUACUUGGGGGCGAGGGCGGGUACAGGGGCAUCAAUCACUAUCUGGGCAACUUUUUCCUCUCG